AACAUGUACCUCGUAAUGCAUUCCACAAUAGUCAGCCACAAUCUCAUCUUUUAUAGCAAAAUUGAUGGAAAGGUUUGGCCUUUAAAUAGCAUUCAAGGGAUAACAGCGAGCAAAUGCCGGUGGAUCGUCCGAUCUUCACUCUGGCUAUCUUAGAUCUUCGAUUGCGUCGAAUUUUUGAUCUCCAGAGCCCAUCUCUAAUCAGGUAUAGAGAUGGGUUUGGAGGAACAAGGAAGGGCGAGAGAAGACACACCGCUUCUUGGUAAAGGACGACCAUUGUCGAGCAAGUUCAAGACUUUCGCCAAUGUCUUCAUUGCUAUCGUUGGUGCUGGGGUUCUUGGUCUUCCUUACGCCUUCAAACGAACCGGAUGGCUCAUGGGUUUGCUUACGCUCUUUUCCGUCGCCGCUUUGAUCAACCAUUGCAUGAUGCUUCUUGUUCAUAUCCGUCGUAAGCUUGGUGUCUCCAAUAUUGGCUCUUUUGGGGACCUUGGGUUUGCUGUUUGCGGCCACGUCGGGAGGUUUGUUGUCGACAUUCUUAUUAUUUUGUCUCAGGCUGGGUUUUGUGUUGGAUACCUUAUCUUCAUCGGUACUACUUUAGCUAAUCUCUUUAACCCAACCACGACUACGACUUUGAUGAGUCUGAGGCAUUUUAUGGGUGUGUCCCCUAAGAGUCUCUACAUAUGGGGAUGCUUUCCGUUUCAGCUGGGUUUGAAUUCUAUUAAGACUCUAACUCACUUGGCCCCUCUGAGCAUAUUCGCUGAUGUGGUUGAUUUGGGUGCAAUGGCGGUGGUGAUUGUGGAGGAUAUCAAGAUUACAGUGGUGCAAAGGCCUCAAGUUGUAGCCUUUGGUGGUAUGUCUGUGUUCUUCUAUGGGAUGGGAGUGGCCGUUUAUGCUUUUGAAGGGGUUGGAAUGGUUUUGCCUCUUGAAUCCGAGACCAAGGACAAGGACAAGUUUGGCAAAGUGUUGGCCCUCAGCAUGCUAUUUAUUGCUGUGAUGUAUGGAUCUUUUGGUGUGUUAGGCUACAUGGCUUUUGGGGAUGAAACCAUGGACAUAAUCACAGCUAACUUGGGGGCAGGAGUGGUGAGCAGUCUUGUCCAGCUGGGGCUCUGCAUCAACCUCUUCUUUACCUUCCCGUUGAUGAUGAAUCCUGUGUUUGAGAUCGUGGAGAGACGUUUCUGGAGUGGAAUGUACUGCGUCUGGCUCAGAUGGCUACUUGUCUUGGCAGUGACGUUGGUGGCUCUCUUGGUACCAAAUUUUGCAGAUUUUUUGUCAUUGGUUGGUAGCAGCGUCUGUUGUGCGUUGGGCUUUGUGUUGCCUUCUUUGUUUCAUCUGAUGGUCUUCAAAGACGAAAUGGGGUGGAAGCAACGAGCUUUAGACGUGGGGAUCCUGCUACUGGGUGUCAUUCUUGGUGUCUCAGGUACUUGGAGUUCCCUGAGUGAGAUCUUCCAAGAGUAGGAUGCUUUGUCACGACUGAGGUUAGAGGAGAAGCUGCCACAUGGUACAUAGUACCCACCACGUAUCUUUUUGCAUUGCUCAGCGU